AUGAGAAUGAAUCUUAUUGUAAAUAAUAUUUCUACAGAUGCUUCGGAAGAACUUUUAAUUUAACCAGAAAGAUUAAAUCCUCUUUUAAAAGCAUUAGAUGAUGAAAACAAAAUAUUAAAAGAAGAAGUUAAUCAUUUGUCUGGUGAUUUAAAAAGAUUUAUUAGUAUGGUUGAACUUUUAUUAGAAGAAAACAAAUUAAUUAGAGAUCAUAUAAAUUAAAAAAAUAAAGAUAUUUCUAAAUUGAUUGAAACUAUCGGUCUUAAUGAUGGCGAAGAAAUUCAUGAUUUAAAACAUAAUAUUCAUAUAUUAACUGAAGAAAACAAUAUUCUAAUUAAGCAUUUGGAUGAAACAAAGAGAUUUAGAGAAGAAUAUGAUAGCUUUGUUAAUGGACAUGAAGACGAAAUUAAUAAAGCAAGAGAUGUUAUUAAUAGAACAAAAGAAGAUUUAGAAGAUGCUUUAAAAAGAGAAGAAAAUUUAUCUAAAUAAUUAACUUAUUUAGAACCUAAAUAUGCAUAAUUAGCCGAAAAAAAUAUAGAAUUAGAAGAUACUAUAGAAGAAUUAAAUAAUAAUAUAAAUAGCUUUAAAAAUGAAAAUAUGACAUUAAAAAACAAUUAUAAUCAUUAUAAAUAACAUUACGAAGAAUUAAAUAGAAGAAGAGGUGAUGAAAAUGAUUAAUUUUUAUAGGAAAAUAAUAUUUUGUUAAAUGAAAAGAAAGAACUCAAAUUUUUAAUUUAAUAAAAAGAAAAACUUAACUAAGAUUUAAAAUAAGAAAUAUAGACUUUAAGAAAAGGAUAAAUUAAUUAAGAAAAAUAAAGAGCUGAAGCUUCUUUAUUAAGAGAAAAAUAAUUUAGAGAAUAACAUGAUAAAAUGAAAAUUGAACUUGAUUAAAGUGAAUAUAAAUUAAAUCAAGUGGAAAGAUAAUUUAGCAAUUUGCAAGAAUAAUAUAGAUUAGAAUUAAAUGAUAAAGCUACUUAAAGUGAAAGUAUUAUUGAAAAAUUAAGAAUAAAACAUAGAGAAGUUUUAGAAUAAAAAGAUGAAAUUAUAGAUAAUUAAAAGAAAUAAAAGUUCUAUUAUUGA